CGCAUCUCUAACUCUUCUUCUUCCACCUACAAAUCGCACGGACAAAUUUGUUAUAACGCCGAGAAAAACAAUAAAUACGCAUUUCAAAAGAUUAACUUAACGGAAUCGGAACUAGAAAUGGCCGAAUUCUCAGUGGAACGCGUGGAGGAUAAGCGGACGGUGAACGGUCGCACGGAGUACUACCUAAAGUGGAAGGGCUAUCCGCGCAGCGAGAACACCUGGGAGCCGGUGGAGAACCUCGACUGUCCGGACUUGAUAGCCAACUUCGAGGAGUCGCUGAAGAACAACAAGAAGGAGACCAAGAAGCGCCUGUCCACCUCCUCCACGCCGGACUCCAUUCGCAGCAAGCGCAAGAGCUUCCUGGAGGACGACACCGAGGAGCAGAAGAAGCUGAUUGGCUUCGAGCGCGGCCUGGAGCCAUCGAAGAUCCUGGGCGCCACCGACUCGUCCGGCCACCUCAUGUUCCUGAUGAAGUGGAAGGGCAGCGACCAUGCGGACCUGGUGCCCGCCAAGCUGGCCAACAUGCGCUGUCCCCAGGUGGUCAUCCAGUUUUACGAGGAGCGUCUCACCUGGCACACGGGCAGCGGCAAUGGCAAUGGCAACGGCAACACCAGCUCCGGCAAUCUCGUCUCCGGCGGCCUGGGCUCCGCCGGAGGCAGUGGCGCAGGUGACGACACUGCACCGGGCAGCGUGGGCACCACCGGCGGCGGCAGCAAUGCCGAGGGCGGCGACGAGGAGGAGCCGGAGCAGGAACAGGAGCAGGAACCGGCCAGCCCCGCUGGCAGCAUCAACCAGGACGAGAACGCCAAGCCGGAGGAGAGCAGUGAGUUGGACAACGGCCAGCUGGAUGCCGAUGACUAGUUGGGGGAACGACUCGGACUCGGACACCGACUCCAGAUGGCUGUUCCGGAUUUACCCGCUUGUGUGGAUACAUACACGCCGUCUCUAAAAAUUAACAUUUACGAUAUAUACAUAUUUGGUAGUGUAGCCCCUAAGCUUAAAGAUCGAUUAACUGAAGUUCUGGCGGAGUUCAGAUCCGCGGUAGUACAUACAUAAUCUAUAAGUUGAAAUGUGACUUUUUUUUAUAACCCUGUUUUAAUUUUAAAGCCCCUUCCCCUGAAAGUUUAAAAACCACAAAAAUCGCAGUGUAAAAUACAAUUGUCCUUGCGUACAUGUUUCCGUGAGUGUAUGUUGGACAGGGCGAACGGGGAUUGAGCCGAAGGACACCCCAUCAAGCACCUAGAGUUAGGGACCCUAAGCAUCCCGUACACUAUGUUUUUACCACUGUAAAGUAAUAAAGUUUGCACAUUCUCAAACGGAAA